AUGUCUGCCGUCAAUCGCAGCUUGCGCACAGCCUCCAAGCAGCUGCGUGUCCAGCCCAGGAGCUUGCUGCGACCAGCCUGCACCCCCUCCGUAGUCGCUCGCGCUGCCGCCUCCGUCAGCAUCUCCGCGACUCCAUCAUCACGAACUAACUUUUCCACGUCAGCCCUCAGAGCCUCUGCAGCACCCGCCAUGGCUUCCGCUCCCCGCGAGUACGAUCCUGAGAUCAAGGACAUUGCCGACUACGUCGCGAACAAAACCAUCGACUCUGAGCUUGCUUUCGACACCGCUCGAUGGAUUCUUUUGGAUACCCUGGGCUGUGGUCUCGAGGGACUGCGCUUCAAGGAGUGCUCUAAGCUUCUUGGGCCCAUUGUCCCCGGCACCAUCGUUCCCAAUGGACCCAAGGUCCCAGGAACUCCCUUCCAGCUCGACCCAGUCAACGCAGCUUUUAACAUUGGCGCCAUGAUCCGAUGGCUUGACUUCAAUGACUGCUGGCUUGCCGCCGAGUGGGGCCACCCCUCAGACAACCUGGGUGCUAUCUUGGCCGUCGCCGACUGGGUCAACCGAACCAACAAGGCCGGUGGUAACCUCGCUGGUGGCAAGAUCUUCAACAUCAAGGAUGUGCUUGAGGCCAUGAUCAAGGCCCACGAGAUUCAGGGUUGCCUGGCCCUCCUCAACUCCUACAACCGUGUUGGUCUCGAUCACGUCGUCCUCGUCAAGGUUGCCAGCACUGCUGUUGUCUCCAAGAUGCUUGGCCUCGGUGAGAAGCAGAUUGCCGAUGCUGUCACCCAGGCCUGGGUUGACGGCCAGAGCUUGCGGACAUACCGUCACUCUCCCAACACCAUGUCGCGAAAGUCAUGGGCCGCAGGUGAUGCUUGCCAGCGUGCUGUCAACCUGGCCCUCAAGGUCCUGAAGGGCGAGCAAGGUGUCCCAACUGUCCUGUCUGCCCCUACCUGGGGUUUCUACGAUGUCCUGUUCAAGGGAAAGAAGUUUGAGUUCCAGCGCCCCUACGGCAGCUACGUCAUGGAGAACGUUCUCUUCAAGGUGUCCUACCCUGCCGAGUUCCACUCCCAAACCGCCGUUGAAGCCUCAGAGAAGAUCCACCAUUUGCUCAAGAGCCAGGGUAAAUCUGCCGCUGAUAUCAAGGCCAUCACCUGUCGAACACACGAGGCUUGCAUCCGCAUCAUCGACAAGCAGUUCAAGCCCAUGGACAACUUUGCCGACCGUGACCACUGCAUUCAGUACAUGUGCGCCACCAUGCUGGUCUUCGGUCGCCUGGAAGCUACCGACUACACCGAUGGUGGCGAGGCUGCCACGUCGGAGCUCGUCGAGUCUCUGCGCCAGAAGAUCAAGUGCGUCGAGGACCCCCAGUACACCAAGGACUACCAUGACCCCGCCCUGCGCACAAUCUCCAAUGCUCUCACUGUUGAGCUCAAUGACGGUACAAUCCUCGAUGAGGUUGCUGUUGAGGCUCCUCUGGGCCACCGCCUGCGCCGCGAGGAGGCCAAGCCUGUCAUCUUGGAGAAGUACAAGCGUCACUUGGCCCCCCAUCUGCCUGAGGCCAGAGUGAAGGAGCUCGUCGAGCUUGGAUUGGACGGCAAGAAGCUCGAGAGCAUCUCCGUUGAUGAAUAUGUUGACCUCUACACCGUCAAGGAGAGCAAGUUUGUCCAGUGA